AUCAAAGUAACAUCCACAUGAAUGCCAGGACCCAAGGUUUCCUAGCAGAACAUUGCCCAGAGCCUCACACUGGCCCUGCCGGCAUGCCUUCUUCCCAUAGUGCAUCAUGGUGCCACCUCUACUCCAGGUAAAUGACACCCGCCAUCCAUAUAAGGUAUUAGAAAUAUGACAUCAGUCCAGGCCACAUUCUUCCAUUGCUCCAUGGUCCGGUUCUGAUGCUCAUAUACCCAUUGUAGGCCGUUCAGUGGUGGACACUCUGGUCUGCAGCUAUGAAGCCCCAUACACAGCAAGCUGCGAUGCCCUGUGUGUUCUGACACCUUUAUAUCACAGGCAGCAUAAACUUUUUUAGCAAUUUGUGCUACAAUAACUCUCCUGUGGGAUCGGACCAAAUGGACUAGCCUUUGCUCCCCAUGUGCGUCAUGGCGUCAUUGAGCCUUGGGCGCCCAGGACCCCAUCGCCGGUUCAUAUGGGAACACCCCAUAUGACCUGCUGUUUUGGAGAUACUCUGACCCAGUCAUCUAGCCAUCGCAAUUUGAGCCUUACAUUUGCUCAUUUUUCCUGUUUCCAGCACAUCAACUUCAAGAACUGACUGUUCUUAUAUAAUGGCACUGUUGACGUGCCAUUGUAACGAGACGGUCAAAUUGUAAUACAAGAUACCUUUAAUCUGUAUGUUACAGUAUAUUAAAUAUUCUCUAGUGUUAACUGUGUAUAACAAUUGUAUUGGCUGGCUUGAAUGCACAGUUCGUGUACUUCAUGUAAUUUUAUACAUUAUUACAUUACAACGAGACAUAUGUUUAGGCAUGCUCUUCCACAAAGGGUUAAACUGACGUCUACCGGGUAACACUCGCGUCAUUGCGCAACGUGCAGUGUGUCGCUUUGGAUACGCCAAGCCUAUCACGUGGUCCUACGGGAAGCGAAAACCAGCACUGUGUGUUAGGUCGGUUGCUAGGAUACGGCAAUAUGAGGCCAAGCAAAAUAAACAGUGCGGAUGGUGAUAGAUGCGGUUUUAAAAGGUGGACACUGGCUGAUGGUAGACAAGAAAAACAACUAUAAUGUCAGAUACCGAAAGAGAUCAAGGACCCAAGAGCACGUUUACCACUUAUAUGGCCGAAGGGGACCAGCUUUAUCAUAAAGGCGAAUACCUGAAAGCCAUUGAAAGUUACACUACGGCAUUGACACUGCAGCCAAAUGACAAGAACUGCUUGGUAGCCCGAUCUAAGUGCUACGUGAAGACGGGGGAUUCUGCGAAUGCACUGCUAGACGCCGAAGCAUCUCUCAAGGAAGAUAAAGAAUUUUUUAAGGGUUUCUAUCAGAAGGCAGAGGCACUGUACAAUCUGGGGGACUUUGAAUUUGCUCUAGUGUUUUACCAUCGUGGAAACAGGCUGCGUCCGGGGCUCCGACAGUUCCGCCUGGGGAUACAGAAGGCUGAGGAGGCCAUUGACAAUUCCGUUGGCAGCCCUUCAUCAGUAAAACUCGAGAAUAAAGGAGAUCUGUCCGUCUUCCAUAAACCAGUUGAGCAGGGUAAAAAGGGGAAGCUGAAAGCAUCAAUCCUACCCCCAAAGAAAGAGCAACAGCUGAGCCGAAAAGACCCCAAGAGUGAGAAGAUCUCCAGGCAGCUGCUGGGGGAGCUCCACAGUGAUAAGGAGUACCUGGAGAAGCUGCUGAAAGAUGAAGAUCUGGUCAAAGACAGAAUGCGGAAUGGAGAGAAGCUCCAGGACCUCAUUGUUGGCUGCCUCACCUACCUGGACACGCGCACAGAGUUCUGGCGUCAGCAGAAACCCAUAUAUGCCCGGCAGCGGGACCGCAAGCUCAUGCGGCAGAAGUGGACCAGAACCCAGGCGUGCUCGGCUUCGAACACUGCCGGCUAUGUUCUGAAGAGCCUAGAGGAGAUCGAUGCAGCCCUGUCAUCAGGCAAUGCAAAGGGCAGCCUCAAGAAGGCUCGUGAGGUCCUUAAGACAGUGCAGAACUGGUCAGAAGGGACAGUGCUCAAUAAGGUGGAAGUGUUGGGUAACUUGCACAGCUGCAUCGGCAAUGCCUUGUUUGAUAUGGGUGAGAUGAAAAAGGCACUGGACAGUCACCAGAAAGACCUGGAGCUGGCCAGAGAGGGAAAUCUUACGGACGCAAAGUCAAGAGCUCUGGACAACAUUGGCCGGGUGUUUGCCCGGAUUGGAAAGUUUCCUCAAGCCAUACAGGUCUGGGAGGAGAAGAUCCCUCUUGCUCAUAGCACUCUUGAGAGGGCGUGGCUCUUCCACGAGAUUGGACGCUGUUACCUGGAGCUAAAACGGUACGCGGAGGCCCGGGACUACGGCUCGCGCUCACUGGCUGCGGCAGACGACAUCGGAGACCAGAAGUGGCGGCUGAACGCCAGUGUGCUGGUGGCACAGUCAGAGGGGAAGCUGGGUGAUUACGAGUCUAGCGUGGCCCACUUUGAGGAAGCUCUACUCCAAGCCAGCGUCUUGCAAGAUAAGCCAGCUAGAGAAGCAAUUCAGAAGGCUCUCUGUAAAGCAAGACAGCACAUGACUGAGUCGGAGAUGAAGCCACUUACUUGAGAAUAUCACCUGAAGAACAUCAGGCAACUGGAUGAAAAUACCGACCUAAGUAAAAAGGGAAAAAAGUGUGGUUUUAGUAGAUUAAAACAUAAAAUGAGCAACUGCUAAUAAAGUCGUCUCAAUGCACAUA